AUGCAGGCGCUGUUCCUCUACCGUAGCGGUCCACUUCUUAAGAACGUAAUCUUAUUCAAGACGCCCUUGCCUGUGGGCUACGUGGUGAAUGGAGACUACGGGCAAGACUGUACGCCUCUUGGUCCAGGCGAUGCUGUGAAUCCUCUCGAAAGCCUCGCAUACUGCGAGGAUGAAGCUUGGUGGGAGCACAACGACGCGGCGGGAAAACCUUCGUCGCGUCUCCUUCUGCUCAGCUGCGACCCCAACCGAAAGUCAUGGAACACAGUGAUGGGCCCUCUGCGCGACCCAAGCCCUAAAGGUGCUCUCUGGGUCCACAAGCCAUCCAAGAAGGGGGAACCCGAAGGGAAACCACAGCGUAUCACCCUCAAGGGAUAUCCAGAAAACCACGACUUCCACCCGCUCGGUCUUGAGGCAUGGCCGUCGUACGGUGGCAAUGCGUCCAACCUCUACGUUGUCAACCACGCUAGAGAGCGUACCACCAUCGAGCAAUUCACUAUUCACCCCUCCGAUCCCACGGUUGCGACGCACAUCCGCACGCUCUCCUCUCCUUAUUUCGUCGCACCUAACGCCCUCGCACUCACUUCGCCCGACUCGUUUUACGUAUCCAAUGACCAUCUAAUCACCCGCAGGUGGCCCAUCAUCGGCCACGUCGUCCCCGUCCUCGAGAGCGUCCUCGGCCUCCCUCUCGCAUUCGUCUCUCACGUCACUCUCAACCCACCCAACAGCGGGGAAAGCGCAAUCGCAAAGCACGAAUUUGCAGCCAACUUCAUCCCUUUCCCAAACGGCGUCUCCAUCUCCUCAGACGGCAAGACAGUCGCAAUUGCCAGCACCUCUCUGGCCCAAAUCUGGUUCUAUGACAGAGAUCCUGCAACCAACGCUCUGACAAAGACGUCCAAGGUCGUCACGCUGCCGUUCUGCGGCGAUAAUAUCCGCUUCACACCUUCACUGGACAACCCAGAUGGCCCCGAGGAGCUUUUGGUCGCAGGUCAUCCCCAUUUCCCAUCGCUGGUUCAACUCGCAAAGGGGUUGCCGGCUCAUUCUGGCAGUUGGGUAGUCUCUGUGGUACCCAAAUCUAACCCUGAGCAAUCGUUCGAGAAGAAUGGAAAGAAGUUUGACGGUGAAGCGUCUGUGUCGACCAGUGAUUAUGUUUCAGAUGGGCCCACAUGGAGUUUGAAGACAUUGUUCCAAAGUGACGGGUCUCCUGGAGGCGUCUUGUCUUCUUCUACCGGUUUGAGAGACCCAGAAACCGGAAAGCUGUAUGUUACUGGUCUCUAUCACCCUGACGGCGCAGUGGUGUGUACUCCAAGGAAGUAG